CCCGCGUCACACUUUAGGCGGGAGCCCAGCGUGCUGUUGUUCAAAUAAUCAAAUCACAUAGCACCUGUUAACUGUUAACUUGUAAUUAGCACUGAUUAGCACCAUGUCGGAGCAGCCAGAGGGCGAAGGAGUUUUUAAUCGUCUUUUUAAUGCUGCAGCCCGUGCAAGACAGGAGCUGGCAGUGAGAAAUGAUGAUUCAUUACUUUCCACAACAAGACGACUAUUUCGCCGGCAAGUUAAUCGAGUUGGGGGAGGAUCUGGUGGCCGCAGGGAAAACCCUAUUUGGCAUGCAAAACUUUUCCUCCUUCCAGGGCCAGAUAAUGGUGUUCUGCCCCCCACAAUAGAACUUGAGGGACUGGCUAAACAUGGAUUAGGAAAACCGGUGCAUGAGUCAGCAGAGGCCGGACGCACCAACUCAAAGAUUGGGUUAAACUGGAGUUUAUCUGAAUUGAACAACUUUGUUUGCCAAAGCUACCCUCGCAUCAGUUUAAAUUUGGUAGGCUUUGAAUUGGCAAGGACAGGUAAAGGACGUAAGAUCCAGAAAUUACAAGUUAGUUCUGUGAAGGAACUAAAAGCAGUUGUUGGCAAAAGCAGACUUUACAUUGUGCCACGAGCCACUGUCUUGCAGGUAACAUCACCACCCUCUGCCAUGUCCCAGAAUUCAUUACCACCACUCGCAGCUCCAGCAGUAGAGACCUCACAAGUGGUUUCAGAUCAGGUGGCAUCCACAUCCUCUGCCAUAUACAUUAAUUCAUUCCCACCGCUCUCAAUUGCUCCAGUACAAGAUGAGACUGUGCCUAUGGCUGAGAGGACCCAAGCUCAAAGUGUGGUUUCAAAUCAGGCUCUUCAAGAAUGGCGAGCAAUACGUGCCCAGCAAGACCAGGAGUAUGAUAAAAGCUUUUUAGUGGAUCAGGAGAAGGAGAGGAAGAAACUAGCCUAUCAGGCCUGUGAGGAAAAGACGUCGAAAGGUUUGUGUUUGUAA